GAAUAUGUCUACUACACUGGUGGUUCAGGAAAUGAAAGGAAAAAUUAUCCAGUUGUACAAUUACAUCCAUAAUUUAUCUGACCAGUUUCUUUCAAUGGACACAAUGGUGAAUUCUCUGUUCGACACUGCCAAUUCCCAGCCGCUACAGGAUCCUGUUGCUUCAAAAAUGAGUGUCUUCGAAAAACGACUUGAAAAUGUCACCGCCACUUUGACUAACCUUCAAAACCGCUUAGAGGAGGAGUUGGAUGAUGUUUUCUUACAACUUUAUCAACUUAAAGAUAAUUUCUAUUUUCUGGAAAAUACAUUGACUAUCACCCAGAGGGAACGUUUAAAUGAUCACACAUCUACAACUCUAUCCUUCCAAGAAAAAAAAAAGAAAUUAAAUACUCCUGGACUACCAUUUGCAACAGCUAGUCAAAAUUAUGAUAUUUCUGCUAUUCCAGAAAGAGCAUCACAAGCUCCUGCAGAAGCUAUGGAUUCUGGGAUAUUGGAAGAGAAACCCAAGAUAACCAUUUCUUUCAUAAAGAAUCUUACAGAUCUCCAAGUCCUUUUCUACAGCGCUGACAGCGACGCCAAUGGGUAUUUAACAUAUGAUGAAAUCCAGAAUCUUCUCGGGGAAGAAGCACCAGAGCAGGAAGAACUAGAGCUGUUUGAUGCUGAUGACAACAAGGUAUUCUCCUACCUGGAGCUCAGGAGAGCGCUUGGACUGACCGAAUAAAUAAGAAGAUGGAUGUUCCAGAAAGAAGAAAAAAUCAGAGCACUAGUUUGAUUUUAUU